UCCUGUUUGGUUCUGGGAGGCGGGCCGCAGGGUCGCCGUCAGCGCCGCCGCCUCUCUGGGUCGGACCGGCUCACGUGACCAACGCGGGCUCUGAAGCAGUGGGCCGUACCGAGGCGGCGACGGCGACUGCAGCUCGCGAGGUAGCGGCCUGAGGAGGGUCGGGCCGGCUGCCCUCUCGGACGGCCGCGGCGGAGGACAAAAAUGGCGGAGGCCUCGGCGGCCGGGGCGGACUCGGGCGCCGCUGUGGCUGCCCACCGGUUUUUCUGCCACUUUUGCAAGGGCGAGGUCAGCCCUAAACUACCGGAAUACAUUUGUCCCAGAUGUGAAUCAGGCUUUAUUGAAGAAGUGACAGAUGAUUCCAGUUUCUUAGGUGGUGGCAGCAGUCGGAUAGACAAUAGCACAACAACACAUUUUGCAGAGCUUUGGGGCCAUUUGGAUCACACGAUGAUUUUUCAAGAUUUUAGACCAUUUCUAAGUAGCAGUCCACUGGACCAAGAUAAUAGAGCCAAUGAAAGGGGUCACCAGACUCACACUGACUUCUGGGGAGCAAGGCCUCCACGGCUGCCAGUGGGUCGGAGAUACAGAUCUCGAGGAAGUACUCGUCCUGACAGAUCUCCAGCUAUUGAAGGAAUACUACAACACAUCUUUGCAGGAUUCUUUGCAAAUUCUGCCAUUCCUGGAUCUCCACACCCUUUUUCCUGGAGCGGGAUGCUGCACUCCAACCCUGGGGACUAUGCCUGGGGUCAGACAGGGCUUGAUGCCAUUGUAACCCAGCUUUUAGGACAACUGGAAAACACAGGUCCUCCCCCAGCUGACAAGGAAAAGAUCACAUCUCUUCCAACAGUGACAGUAACUCAGGAACAAGUUGAUAUGGGUUUAGAGUGUCCAGUAUGCAAAGAAGAUUACACAGUUGAAGAGGAAGUCCGGCAGUUACCUUGCAAUCACUUCUUUCACAGCAGUUGUAUUGUACCAUGGUUAGAGCUGCAUGACACAUGUCCUGUAUGUAGGAAGAGCUUAAAUGGUGAGGACUCUACUCAGCAAAGCCAGAACUCUGAGGCCUCUGCAAGCAACAGAUUUAGCAAUGACAGUCAGCUACAUGACCGAUGGACUUUCUGAAGCUAAAGACCACACCUGAAUCAGGGCUAUGGUAAUCAUCUUACCAUAGCUGUAAAUUGUAUCAAAACAAAAAAUUAGUAGAUGGAUAUAGGAAUCACAUAAGAAACCCAAUGCAUAAUAUUAAUGCAAUGAAUGUUUUUCUUCUCUAAAUUUAAAGUUAGUAUCUACAGAUGGAAUUGUAUCUACAACAAAAUGCCUCUUAUUCAUGAAAUCAGAGUGAUAAUUUUCUAAGUGUGAAACUUAAUUAUGUAGGGCUCCCCCCACCUGAAUAGAAUCAAUCCCUUAAAGUCUAGUUAGGGUCCUGCUAUCUGUCAUGUUGCCUUUGUAACAGAGGUUUCCACCUCCUUCUCCACCCUCUACCCCACCAUUAGUGUAUUUUACUAUAAAAACAGUGGAACCACAGCCCUAAAGUCCUGCUGAUAUAAAGUCCUUUUGUCUUAAUUGUACUUAAACAAACAAACAAAAAAAAUCUACUCUUGAUCACAUUAGCUGUGAGGUGAGGCCAAAUUAAUUCAGGAAUCUAA